AUGCAAAUGGAUGAAGAAAAUUAAGGAUUAGUACAUCAAGAUGUGAAGAAACCUAAGGAACCUGAAACACGUGGCAUCCUCUCCACCAUUUGUUACAUAAUCCAACUCGUCAUACUCAUCUUAUUAGUUUUCUUGGUUUUCAAGUAUGCUCUGGCCAAUCAUAAAUAAUCGACUUAGAUCCCUUAGAUUUAAUAGUUGAACGUGAAUGAAACAGAAAAUAUAGAUGAUAUUGAUAAUACUGUGGUGUUGGAUAAAGAAGAUUAAGACAUCAUGCAAUUCUUGACUAGUCCUGAAGAUGUUACUCAAUUUGAUAACAUCAUGCCAGAACCAGAAGAAGAACAAUUUGAAGAAUUAAUAUUCGAAGCUGAACCAUGGAAUGAAGGGCAAUUAUAGGGUUGGCAAUACAAGAAUGGUUUAACUUUGAUUGUCUAAGAAAAAUAAGUGGACAUAGCUACUUUGUAAUUUGUCAUCUACCAUGGUUAUCAUGAUGAUGAAUACAAUACAUUAUUCAUGCAUUUAUUAUUGAAGUAGUAGUGUUCCUAAGCACAAUUGAUUGAAAGAGCAUACAUGAGUACUGUGACCAUUCACUUUAAAAACGAAUAAAUGGAAACUUGUAUAAGAAAGUUCGCUGAUUCACUUGUGAGAGAAUACACUCAAGAGGAUUUGGAUAAUAUUAAUAGUGAAUCAAUUUAAACCAGCGACAUUGAUCUCAUUUCCAAAAUAGACAGAGUCUUAGAUGCAAUAUCAUUAAAUAAUGAGAUCAUGACUGAACCCAUACAGAUACAAGAUUUAUAGAAUUACAUCGAAUUAAUAUUGGUUUCCAAUCCACUUAGGUUGACAAUAGAAUCUGCACUUUCAAAUUAAGAAAUUUAUAUGCUUGUCUCAGAUACUUAAUUAUUGCAAAAAGAAUUUGGAACUUCCAUAAUUGAAUCUUGGGAUCUAGAACCCAUUUUGUAUAAUCAAAUUAGAAUCAAUUCCAAUCAAACAUCCACUAUUUUAAUAUAUCCAGCAAAACAAGAUGAAUUUUUUAAGCAUUUAUUAUUGCAGAAAACACAAAACUCUUUACAAACAAUUCUUAAAUGCUAAUUUGAAAUUCUAGAUUUUGAUUUCUUGGCAAUUAACAUUUAAGAAUGCGAUGUAGAUAGUAUCACAUUAGCUAAUGCAAUUUACAAUUUCGGAUCAUUUCUAAAAAGAUAGAAUGAAAAGACAUUAUUAAAUUGUCAUAAAGAUUUUUNUAAUACUUUAUUUCAUAAGUUACCUAAGCAAUUUCUGGUUUUGCGGAUUUUUAAAAUGAGUAUCAGAAAUGACACCAAGUGUAGAAAAUCAGCAAUAUAUCGAAAUGGAUUAAACAUUUAAUUAAUGCAAAUGGAUGAAGAAAAUUAGGGAUUAGUACGUCAAGAAGUGAAGAAACCUAAGGAUCCUGAAACACGUGGCAUACUCUCCACUCUUUGUUACAUAAUCCAACUCAUCAUACUCAUUUUAUUAGUAUAUUUACUCUUCAAGUAUGCUUUGGCCAAUCAAAGAUAAUCGUCUGCGAUCCCUCAAAUCCAAUAAUUGAAAGUCAAUGAAAUUGAGAAUAUAGAUGAUAUUGAUAAUACUAUGGUUUUGGAUAAGGAAGAUUAAGACAUCAUGCAAUUUUUAACUAGUCCUGAAGAUGUUACUCAAUUUGAUAACAUCAUGCCAGAACCAGAAGAAGAACAAUUUGAAGAAUUAAUAUUUGAAGCUGAACCAUGGAAUGAAGGACAAUUGCAAGGUUGGCAAUACAAGAAUGGCUUAACCUUGAUAGUCUAAGAAAAAUUAGUGGAAAUUGGUACUUUGUAAUUUGUAAUCUACCAUGGCUAUCAUGAUGAUGAUUACAAUACAUUAUUCAUGCAUCUAUUAUUGAAGUAGUAGUGCUCCUAAGCACAAUUGAAUGAAAGACCAUACAUGAGUACUGUAACUAUACACAUUAAAAACGAAUUAAUGGAAACUUGCAUUAGAAAGUUCGCAGAUUCACUUGCAAGAGAAUACACUUAAGAUGAUUUGGAUAAUAUUAACGGUGAAGAAAUAGAAAUCAAUGAUGCAGAUCUCAUUUCCAAAAUUGAUAGAGUCUUAGAUGCUAUAUCUUUAAAUAAUGAAAUUAUGACUGAGCCCAUGCAGAUUUAAGAUUUAUAAAAUUACAUAGAAUUAAUAUUGGUUUCUAAUCCACUUAGGUUGACUAUAGAGUCUUCACUCUCAAAUUAAGAAAUUUAUAUGAUUGUUUCUGAUACUUAAUUAUUGUAAAAGGAAUUUGGAACAUCCAUUAUUGAUUCUUGGGAUCUAGAGCCUAUUUUAUAUAAUCAAAUCAGAAUCAAUUCCAAUCUAAACUCAACAAUUUUGAUAUAUCCAACUAAGCAAGAUGAAUUUUUUAAACAUUUGUUAUUGUUAAAAACAUAAAAUUCUUUACAAACAAUUCUUAAAUGUCAAUUUGAAAUUUUAGAUUUUGAUUUCUUAGCAAUUAAUAUUUAAGAAUGUAAUGCUGAUAGCAUCACAUUAGCUAAUGCAAUCUAUAAUUUUGGAUCAUUUUUAAAGAGAUAAAAUGAAAAAACAUUAUUAAACUGCCAUAAAGAUUUCUACAAUUUAUAAAUUCUCUAUUAAAAAUAUGUUGACGAUAAGGAAUUCUCCAAAAAGGAUUUUAAUGCAAUUAUUGAUAAUAUUUAAUCUGGAGUCAUUAUUAUUGAAUAAGGGUAAUUUAUCUACCAAGAAUUAACAACUUUAAACAAAGAGGAAUUCUUGAACUCUAAUUUCGUGAAUAAAAAAGUGCAAUCAAUAGAAUACUCCAAUAUUUUGUUAGAUUAUACUACUGUUUCCAAUAUAGAUGAGUAAUUAAUUUCAUAGUUAAAACUACCCAAUCUAUCUCAGUUCAUUCCUAUCGAGCAACCCAAUUACAAUUUUUACACAACUAAAAAGAUUGUCCCAACUAAUAUUACGUUACCAGAACCCAAGCUUCAGAAUGAUUCUCCUAAUGACAUAGAACCAAUUUAUAAGCCCAUAACUCCUUAUGUUCCAUUAGAUUUAGAUCAAUCUUAAAAAAAUUACUAAAUUCCAGUUUUAACUCCUUUACAGAUAUCUCAAGAAUUGUGGUGGCAAUACGAUAAUCGCACAAAUAGAGUGUUUCUAGGAAUUCUAUUCUACAAACCAAUUAAUGGUUAUAGCAUUGCAAAAUCUAAGGCAAUUCUAAAAGUUGCUUAAAUGUAUAUAGAACAAUCGAACUUGGACGCCAUUUCGGCUGGUUUCAAUGUUUAGGUAGAAAGCAGCUUGAAAGGGAUAUCCUUGAUGCUAUCAGGAUGGAGUCUAACAUUUGAAGCAGUUAAAAAUUAAGUGUUAUAGAAUUUAAAAUAAAUAAAGGAUGAAUCUAAGUUUAAGAAUAUCAAAGAAGAUUUAAAAAAUUAGUUUUAGGAGUAUUAUUUUUAAAAAACUCAGUUUUAUUUAGUUCAAUACUGGUUACCAAAAUUGAUGUUACGACCUGUGAAUGAUCCAGCAGACAUAAUUAAAGAAUUUUAGGAUUUGAAAUUUAAUGAAUUCUCUUAAUUUUUAACAGAUAUGUUUUCAGAUAUUAAGUAUACAGCAUUCAUUAGUGGGAAUAUUGAUAUCCGAAAUGCUAAGUAAUUGGUUUAAGAGUUUCAUCCUAAUGAAAUUGAAACUAUUACGAAAACUUUAUAAAUUGAAAAAAAUUUGGUUCAUAUAAUCAAAUUGCCAGCCAAAUAAAAACAAAAUGCUGUUCUAAAAUACUUCUUGGUAGGAUAAAGGGAUUAUCUUACAUAAGCAGCCCUGUUAUUGUUGUAAUUGCAUUUUGAAUCUUAAUAAGCAAUUUAGGUUAGUUUUAAAAGUAUUGGUUGUAUGGAUGGAUUACUAUUCUAUAAUUAAGGCACUGAUAGCGUACUAAAAUUAAAUGAAUAAAUUCAGUUAUUGAUUGAAUAAUAAAGGUUCAAUUUAGAUGAUCUAAAAGAACAAUUGAUAUUGCAUUAUUAAAAUAAUGAUGAAUUUUUAUGGGAUAAAAUUUACAACAGGAACUAUGCAUUUAAUGUAAGAUAUCAUUUAAUAGAAAUAGGAAAUUAUUGAGAUUAAGAAUCAAAUUGAAAAUGUCUAAAUAAGUGAUUUCCAUGGGAUACUUCAGUCAGAAACGCUGAGUAUUUUUGGAGUAACAGAGAGCUCAAAAUUUCCUAAUUUACCUUCAGGCUAACAUGAUUAUUCAAAGGAAAAGGAGAAAUCAUAUUUUGAAUGUGCCUAUUAAUAUUAGUCUUAAUGA